CACAGUUAAAAGUGGAGGUAGGUGUUACGGAUAAGAGCUUUAAUACAGUUCUGGGGUUGUACUUUACAGAUAUGAAGCAGAGCAAGACACCAUCCACUUCAGAAUCCUAUGCAAGAAAGGUUCCUCACAAGUGAAGAUCAGAAAGCUGUAAUAUAUGGAGAAUGCAAGCAGAGAUAGCAAAUUAUGACAAAUCCUUGGUGAGCUGAAAGUGAAACAAUGCAGAAAAAAGUAAAAUGAAAAUGAGUCUCUUAAUAAAGGGAGAGAGCAGCAGUAUUCAGCAUUUGUCAAAAUGUUUUCAAAAAUUGCAGGAUUUUCUAGGAAAUCAGCUAUAAAUUAGGAAUGCCAAACAUUUUCCAGUCAUAUGGUCUUUAUUAAACAUCCAUGUAUGCCAAUUGUUAUGAAUGUAUUUAUAAGUAUUUAUAAAAUUCUACAUAUCUCAAAAAUGAAGAUGGGCAGAUAAAUUUAAAAGUCUACAAAAGCACUCAUAAAAAAAAGAACUUCUGUUACUUCAGAAUUGUGAAGAAUGGAAUCAAAUGAAAACUGGGAUCGCAUGUCACCAAAUACAAGUAUCUAUGAAAUUGUAGUAAAGAACAUCACAAAUUCGAGUUCUCAGUUUUCAGGUGUUCAAAUGAUCCAGACGUUUAAGCCACUCAUCAUACCGUUCUACACACUAGUUGUGUUAAUUGGAAUAUUUGGGAAUUACCUCCUCAUCUAUGUGAUCUGCAAGACCAAGAAAAUGCACAAUGUGACCAACUUCUUUAUAGGCAACCUUGCAUUCUCAGACAUGCUGAUGUGUGCUACGUGCGUUCCAUUUACACUUGCCUAUGCCUUUAACCCCAGAGGAUGGAUCUUUGGGAAGUUUAUGUGCUACUUUGUAUUUCUUAUGCAACCAGUGACUGUCUACGUAUCAGUCUUCACACUCACUGCCAUUGCAGUUGACAGAUAUUAUGCUACAGUGCAUCCACUGAAGAAACGAAUAUCCAUCACAUCCUGUGUGUACCUCCUGGCAGGAAUAUGGCUGCUGUCAUGUGCUCUAGUUGCACCUGCUAUAGCACACACAUACCAUGUCGAGUUUCAGGAGGAAGGCUUUACGAUCUGUGAGGAAUUCUGGAUGGGAAAAGAAAAGGAGCGUCUUGCUUACGCAUAUAGUACACUUAUCAUCACUUAUAUUUUUCCUCUUUCUGCAGUUUCUGUCUCAUACUUCUGUAUAACAGUGAAAUUGAAAAAUCGUGUAGUCCCUGGCCAUACAACGCAAAACCAAGCAGAAAUAGACAGGGCCAGGAAAAGGAAGCUCUUUCGUCUUAUAGUGCUUGUAGUAGCAGCAUUUGGCAUAUGCUGGCUGCCCAUACAUGUCUUCAAUAUAAUACGGGACAUUAAUAUUUAUUUAAUCAAUAAACAUUAUUUUCUUUUGAUUCAGUUGCUUUGCCACUGGUUUGCUAUGAGCUCCUCCUGUUGCAAUCCUUUCUUGUAUGCAUGGUUACAUGACCGCUUUCGCAGCGAACUCAAGAAAAUGUUUUCAUUCAGGCAGAAAAUUAUCCCAGCCAAUAACUGUGUAGCUGUGAGUGUCAUGUUGUGAAGGAUUCAAGGGAAUUACCUGCAUGAAAACUACUGUGGUUCACAAAACAUAUAUAUAUAUAUAUAUAUAUAUAUAUAUAUAUAUAUAUUGAAUCAGACGAGAGCUACUUCACCGAAGAAUGUCCGGACAAGAGUGAAGUUUUAAAAUCGUUUGGCUCCUCUUCAUUCCUUCAGAGCCAUUUAGACAAGUUUACAUAGCUAGGACUGGAAUGUUAACAAUGACAAACUAAAAUGAAACAAGUCAGUAAAAACAAGCACAAUUAAAGGGGCUUCUAACCCA